CAGAAAAUUUGAUGAUGACCAUGACUACGAUGGCUGACGGUCUGGAGGCUCAGGACUCGUCAAAAUCGGCUUUCAUGGAGUUUGGUCAGCAGUCGCACUCGCAGCAGAGCUCUCCGUCGAUGGCCGCCAGCCACUACCCGCUCCACUGCCUCCAUUCCGGCUCCCACGCUCACCAGCACGACAACUCUCCGUAUUCAGGCUCUAACUCGUAUAACAGGUCGCUACCGUACUCGUAUAUGAGCCAUCCACAUCACAGUCCAUACCUGCCGUCCUACCAUAAUAACGCCGCCGGCACACAGACCAGGUUAGACACAGAACAGCAGAAAACAACGGUGAUUGAAAACGGAGAAAUACGUUUCAAUGGGAAAGGCAAGAAGAUUCGGAAGCCCAGGACGAUUUAUUCCAGUUUGCAGCUUCAGGCAUUAAACCAUAGGUUCCAGCAAACUCAAUAUCUCGCCUUGCCGGAGCGAGCGGAGCUGGCGGCCUCCCUGGGGCUCACACAGACACAGGUAAAAAUCUGGUUCCAGAACAAAAGGUCGAAGUUUAAGAAGUUGCUAAAACAAGGCAGUAAUCCACACGAGAGUGACCCGUUGCCGGGCUCCAUCGCUCUGUCCCCGCGCUCUCCGGCCAUCCCUCCCAUAUGGGACGUGUCUGCGUCUUCCAAGGGAGUGAACAUGUCUGCCAACAGCUACAUGCCAGGCUACUCACACUGGUACUCCUCGCCUCAUCAGGACUCUAUGCAGAGAUAGGCUGCGAAUCAUUGGCGGUAUAGGCCUCAGGACCCCCUGGUCGCUGACCCUCGUUUAGUUUUAUUCUCACGCGCAUUGAGAAUAACAGUGACCCACACUGCCAUUUGUAAAAUACAAACUGAGAACAUUUUUUUUCCUGUGGGAAGUCUCAUGUGAAGGAUAAACAACGAUCACUUUGCGUGGAGGACAUUGGAUCUAAACCGAAUUGAAAUUCGUAUGGGAUUGCUUCACCAAGACUUGUAAACCAAACACAUCGCUCCAUCACCAGCAUGGGACAUGAGCAGGAAGCGAAAAGAAACACUUGACGCCUUUUCAAAUAAUCCCAUGUGUCACAUUUGAAACCGAACUGGAAAAAAAAAAAAAAAAAAAAAACAACCAUUGCGUUAUGAUUACAUGUUUUUCAUCAAGCAAAUGGAGGCAAUUUGUUUGUAAAUAUGUUGUCUAAUUUUAGUUGUCAAAUACUUUUUAUGUUUUGUCAUAAAUCGAGUAAAAAAAGAAACAUGGCUU